CAAGCGGGUGGCGGGCGCGGCCGUCGGGGUGGCCAUGGUGCUGCUGCUGCUGGUCGCCAUCCCGCUGCUGGUGCACAGCUCCCGCGGGCCGGCGCACUACGAGAUGCUGGGUCGCUGCCGCAUGGUGUGCGACCCGCACGCACCGCGAGGCCCAGACCCCGACGGCGCGCCCGCCUCGGUGCCCCCCUUUCCUUCGGGAGCCAAGGGAGAGGUGGGCCGGCGCGGGAAGGCAGGUCUGCGUGGGCCCCCGGGCCCUCCAGGUCCCAGAGGGCCUCCAGGAGAGCCCGGCAGGCCAGGUCCCCCGGGACCUCCCGGCCCAGGCCCCGGUGGAGUGGCGCCCCCUGCCGGCUACGUGCCUCGCAUUGCCUUCUACGCGGGUCUGCGGCGGCCACACGAAGGUUACGAGGUGCUGCGCUUCGACGACGUUGUGACUAAUGUGGGCAACGCUUAUGAGGCGGCCAGCGGCAAGUUCACCUGCCCCAUGCCGGGUGUCUACUUCUUCGCUUACCACGUGCUCAUGCGCGGCGGUGACGGCACCAGCAUGUGGGCCGACCUGAUGAAGAAUGGACAGGUCCGGGCCAGCGCCAUUGCUCAGGACGCGGACCAGAACUACGACUACGCCAGCAACAGCGUCAUCCUGCACCUGGAUGUGGGCGAUGAGGUCUUCAUCAAGCUGGACGGAGGGAAGGUGCAUGGCGGUAACACCAACAAGUACAGCACCUUCUCUGGCUUCAUCAUCUACCCGGACUGAGCAGGGCCGCAUCCCCGCGCCCCGCCGCCCUUCGCCUCUGCUCCCCUCCUCCCCACUUCAGCCGGCCUCACUCCCGGCGCGAUCCCAUCCUCAGAGAGCCUGGCGGCGGGGCGGACCCUCCGGGGGCGCGUUCAGCCGCGUGGACGGCGAGCUCUUGGGGACAGGCGGCUGGAGAGUGGAGGAAGCCGGGCAGCAUGGGAAAGCACCGUCUGCGUCUGCUUGCAAGCCGGGACGGAGCAGGGUGGAGGUCUUGGCCCUCUCUUCUGCUGGGAGCUGGGGAACAGUUUCAUUAGCGGGAGCUCAGAGACUCCAAAAGCAGACGGGAAGUAUGGCACGUGGGGAGGGAGAGAACAGAAGCGGAAAGAGCCAAUCCAGGCGGAACCAGAGCACACGUUAGGAGUUAGGACGGGGUAGGCGCUGGUCCCGUCAUGACAAAUUUCUCUCCCCAUCCCAUUUCAUCUCCAUUUUCAAGCUCCAGGCUUUGGCCUUGGCAGCCUUCCUGUGAACUGGAGGAACCGGUGAAUUCUUUCCUACAUUUAAAAUUAAUUCUGUACAGUCCCCAUUUCACCCCCAAAUGGGUUAGGCCCUGGGGCUACCGCUGCUGUUGCCCCUUCUAAUAAAAGUUAAGUUGGA